AUGUCUCGCAAUCUCAAGCAAAAGUUUACAACCCCGGUCAAAAAGACCAAGACCGCCCAGCGCCGCCGCAGGGUCUCCGACACUCCUUCUGCUUCUUCCCUAGACCUCUCCGACGAUGGCGGCUACUCUGCCGUUGAAGAUAUUAGCGACUCUUCAGACGACGAUGAGGAUGAUGUUGCUGCGGCCGAGGAGGAGAACAUCCUAGAAGAAACUCAUGUUCCCCCCACCCCACCACAAGCUCCUCGGCCGCAACCGACUAUUGAGGAGGACGAAGAAGAGGAGGAGGAGGAAGUUGAGCAGGACGAGGAUGAGCAAGAGGGCCUGGAUAUUGAGGAUGAUGACGCUGCUAGCUGGGGAGGCAUCGUUACGGACGAUGAGGACCAGCCUGACGUCUACCAAGACGCCAAUAUCUUUGGUGAGGAGCCUCUAGAGCGUCACGUUCACUUCGACGUGCCCUCCAGCGACUCUGACUCCACUGACACCGAGGAUGAGAUUCAGGGUUUCUUCCCUGAUAUCUUUGUCUCUCAAAACAACCUGGAUCCUGCUUUCCGCCGUGAGAUCGAGAACGAUCCCAAUGAGUCUUCUGACUCGGGAUCUUUCUGGGACUUCAACAACCAAUACGGCGAGCAAGAUGAUGACUCGGAUGCCGAGGAAAUCUUCCGGCAAAUUGACGAUGACACCCCUAUUGCCACUCCAAUGGCCUCCCAGCCAGCCACUGCUGCCUCUACCCCUCAGCCCAUUCCCUUUGGCUUUGAGGAACCCACCGAGCUGGAUGGCUACGAGACUGAUGGUGAUACCACCGAGGAAGAUGAACCCGAACCCAUUGUACGAAGGAAGAUUCGACGCCCUUCAAAGCCCAUGAGCGACAUUUCCGACUCUGACGCCGACAGCCCGGUCAAGGCCGAGCGUGGCCAGCCCCGUCUGGGACGUUACAACCUUGACCGUUCCGACAAGAAGCCCAUUGCUGUCCUCAACCCCGUCACAGGAAAAAUGAUGAUCUUUACUCCUCACCGGCGCCACCAACUCGACCUCUCCCCCGAACAAUUUAACUUUCCCUGGGGUACUGAGGGGCCCGAGUCACCUAUCAUGAGCAACUCUGCAAACCUAAUGCUCAGCGCCAUGUUCUCCUCCAACACUUUUGGUGACUUCUUCAAUACGGCUCAGGUUAUGGGACCCACUGAGGCUUUCUUUCCCUUCCCCUCUGAGCCCAAUACCGCAGACGAAAGCUCAACCGCGCCUAGCUUGCAGGAUGAGGAGGAGGAAGACGCUGAACUCAACUUGGACCUCAACGACUUUAUCGCCUGGGAGGAAAAUGACUCUUCUGGCGACGAAGAGGGUGACAACUGGGAUCCCGCGUCAACGCCUGCGCGACCCAGCACAGCUACAAGCGAGAAGCAGGCUCUAAGUCACAUCAACUCCGAGACUGUCGGAGCUUUCCGCCGUAACCAAAUUAACCAGCAGCUCAUCCUGAGCAACCAGGCUACCCAGGACUCACUCGCAUUCAGCGGCCCCUACAACUACACCGCACUCAAGGGUCUCAAAUCGGACCGCUUUGACACAGCUGCCAUCCCCCUAACACCCGCUCGUCGCCACAAAAGACAGAUGAGCGACGCCACACGCAGCCCCCUUGAGUCGAUGUCUCAAAAACGCAAGGCCACCACCGAAGCUGGCAAUGGCCACAAGAGGCACAGAAGCAUCUCGGAUGUGAACUAUCUCCACAUCUAG